AGGCAUCCUUAAGCUCGGAAUACAAAUGCAAUUACAAUUACGACUGUCGGUUUUAAAUUAAUUACAUUUGGAGAAUUCACCAAAUGAUAUAAACUUCUGUGCGAACUUCUGUGCAUAAUUGACUUUUUCUGUUGCAUGAAAUUGAUUUAGCAUCUCAAUUGUUCUCCCAGUCUACCAACUAGGCUGAAUCAAUAUUUGGGCCUGGGCUUAUGCGGGUCAAUGCCAGCCUCGUCCGCUGCGCCAGCUCACCUGCGAAGGCUGGCAACUGUGUAAAUAUGCCCAGCUCUCAAUUGGCUAUAAAAAGCCGCUGACCAUUGACAUUUGCAACAUUUAGAGCGUUGCGCACUUCAAAGCUUACUGGAAAUAUUUUUUCAAAUUUACACUGCUCAGCAUGAACUCGUCGAUGAUGAUAUUCUAUGUGAUGGUCGUGUCGUUGCUCCUGCUGCUCAUCACACCGGUCGCUGAGUCCACCAUCGUUUUCUUCGCCUGUCUGUACAAUUUGAACAUCUGUCCUUUCCGCGCGACGACUCUGAGAAUGGAAACAACGAGUACAUAAAAUAAAGAGUGUCAAAUGGAUUGCCAGCAUUAAAAGUAAUUAUAGACGAAUAAAGCUUCAUAUUCAAUC